CCUUCUUUCUCAUUUGCUUUUGUUUUUUUUUCUUCCUAGGGUUAGGGUUUUGGCUUCGAGUCGCGGGCACUCAAAGGCUUAGUAAGGAUGGUGAGAGUCAGCGUCCUGAAUGAUGCUCUGAAGAGCAUGUACAAUGCUGAGAAGCGUGGUAAGCGUCAAGUCAUGAUCAGACCCUCUUCAAAAGUGAUUGUCAAGUUCCUUUUGGUUAUGCAGAAGCAUGGAUACAUUGGUGAGUUCGAAUAUGUGGACGAUCACAGAGCUGGAAAGAUCGUUGUGGAACUCAAUGGCCGAUUGAACAAGUGUGGUGUUAUUAGUCCUCGAUUUGAUGUUGGUGUUAAGGACAUUGAACCCUGGACCGCUAGGCUUCUCCCAUCCCGACAGUUUGGGUACAUUGUGUUAACCACAUCGGCAGGCAUCAUGGACCAUGAAGAAGCAAGGAGGAAGAAUGUUGGUGGAAAAGUGCUCGGCUUCUUUUACUAGGAGUUUUCACAUGAGGUGUGAUUUACUAUCCGAAGUUUCUUUUGAGGAACUUUCAUGGAAUUUUGGAGCUCAAUUGUCUUUUGGUUACUGUUUGUGGUGGAUUAAAACUUGUAUUCGAGUGCAGUAGUUUAUUGAGAAUUGUUAUUUGGAGUAGUAUUUCGGAAUUCUUAUAUGGAUCAAUACUAUAUUUUCUUUCUGUUCUGCUA